AUGGAAGGUCCAAAGACAAACAACCAGGAUAUUCCCGAGAAGAUCGAAGCGUUGCACUCUCAGCCGGCCAAAGAUGUUCUUCCCCCGUCACCGCCACCCACUGACGGCAGUGUCUCAGAUCUGGAUGUUGAGAAGGUGGAAAUACCACUUCCCCCGCCGUCUGUUAGCCCCAGCCAAGUGCUAGAUGUUGAUUUGAAGACACCGGACAGCCACAUCCCGCGUGAUCCCAGGCUGAUCAGGCUAACUGGAGUACAUCCAUUCAAUGUUGAAGCACCAUUGACGGAACUCUUCAACGGGGGCUUCCUGACAAGUCCAGAAUUAUUUUAUGUCCGAAAUCACGGCGCUGUGCCCCAGGUCAAGGAUGAAGAAAUCAUUGACUGGCAAUUUACCGUGGAAGGACUGGUGGACGAACCAAUGACAAUAUCGCUGAAACAGCUCAUGACCCAAUAUGAGCAAGUGACCUAUCCAAUCACCUUGGUGUGUGCGGGAAACCGGAGGAAAGAGCAGAACAUGGUCCGGAAAAGCAAAGGAUUCUCCUGGGGCGCCGCGGGGCUGUCGACCGCUCUCUUCACCGGCGUGGUCAUGUCCGAUGUCAUCAAAAGAGCCAAACCCAAGAGAAAGGCCAAGUACGUGUGCAUGGAAGGCGCUGACAAACUCCCAAAUGGAUUCUACGGUACAUCCGUGAAGUUGAACUGGGCAAUGGACCCUAAUCGCGGCUUCAUGCUCGCCUACAAAAUGAACGGCGAGGUGCUCCGACCUGAUCACGGGAAACCUCUGCGGGCUGUCAUUCCUGGGCAGAUCGGUGGCCGCUCCGUCAAAUGGUUGAAGAAGCUAAUCGUCACAGAUGCGCCCAGCGACAACUGGUAUCACAUCUACGACAACCGGGUCCUGCCAACCAUGGUCUCUCCAGAAGAGUCGGCAAGCAAUCCAAAGUGGUGGACGGAUGAAAGAUAUGCCAUCUACGACCUUAGCCCCAACUCAGCUAUCUGCUAUCCCCAGCAUGAGGAGCAGUUGUGCCUCACGGACGCCCCCAGGACCUACCGAGCGAGAGGGUAUGCGUACAGUGGUGGUGGGCGACGCGUCACUAGGGUCGAGAUCUCACUGGACAAGGGCAAGACGUGGCGGCUCGCAGAGAUUGACUACGUCGAAGAUCGAUAUCGACAAGUGGAGAGAGAUCUUUUUGGUGGCCGGCUUGACAUGGCGUGGCGUGAAACUUGCUUCUGCUGGUGCUUCUGGUCAAUCAACCUGCCCACCGAAGAACUCGCCAGGGCCAAAGAUAUCUUGGUACGGGCUAUGGACGAAAGCAUGAAUGUUCAGCCUCGCGACAUGUACUGGUCUGUGCUAGGUAUGAUGAACAAUCUCUGGUUCCGCGUGACCAUCACCCUCGAAGGCGACUAUCUUCGCUUUGAACACCCAACCCAGCCUGCACUCAUCCCCGGGGGCUGGAUGGAGAGGGUCAAGAAGGCUGGCGGAAAUCUCGCCAAUGGGUUUUGGGGAGAGAAACUUGAGGGCGAAGAGGCGGUGGUCCCGAGCGAAGAGCAAGCGGCCAAGGAAAUAUCGAUGGUCAAGGAAGGCUUGAAGAACGCUAUCACGAUCGACGAGCUACGGAAACACGACACCGAGCAGCAGCCGUGGUUCGUGGUCAAUGGCGAAGUAUAUGACGGUACAGCAUUCCUGAAGGAGCAUCCUGGCGGGGCGCAAAGCAUCGUUUCGGCAGCGGGUCUCGACAGCACCGAGGAAUUUCUCGCAAUUCAUAGCGAAACUGCCAAGGCGAUGAUGCCCAAAUACCACAUAGGCUCACUCGACGAGGCCGCCAAAACUGCCUUGACCGCGGGCGAGACGGAGACUGACCAGUCUGCAAACCCUCCCGAGACCUUCCUCAACCCCAAAGCAUGGAAGAAAGCUAUCCUGCACGGCAAACGGAUCGUUUCCUGGGACACACGCGUCUUUACAUACAAGUUAGAGCACCCGGAACAACGCCUCGGCCUGGCCGUCGGACAACAUCUGAUGGUGAGACUGCGGGAUCCCGCCACCCGCGAGGCGAUCAUCCGCAGCUAUACUCCAAUCUCGGAGAUCAAUGACCAGGGCUUCAUGGAGAUGCUCGUCAAAGUGUACUUCGCCAACGCAAACAACAAAGGGGGGAAGAUGUCUCAAGCGAUGGACACCCUUCCCAUUGGGCAUUUUAUCGAGAUGAAGGGCCCGAUUGGCAAGUUCGAAUACGUCGGAAAUGGCAAGUGUCUCGUAUCGGGGAACGAGAGACUGGCCAGGUCGUUUGUCAUGAUCUGCGGAGGAAGCGGGAUCACCCCAAUCUACCAGGUGUUCCGGGCGGUAGUGCGAGAUCCCAACGACAAGACGCAGUGCAUCAUCUUUGACGGAAACCGACUGUUCGAGGAUAUCCUGUGCCGGGAAGAGCUCGACGCUCUGCUGGUGGGCAACGAGCACAGGUGCAGAGUCCUGCACACCCUCACGAAAGCGCCGGAAGACUGGACGGGGCUUCGAGGACGCAUCACGGGCCAACUGGUUCAAGACCACUACACCAGGACGGACGACACGCUGAUUCUGAUUUGUGGCCCGGCGUCGAUGGAACAGACCAUGCAUAAAGUGCUGCUGGAACAGGGGUGGGGUGAGGACCAACUCGUGUUCUUCUGA